GAGUGAUGACAAUUUAUUGCUUAAACAUAUGACUACAAAGAGGAGACAAAAGAGACAAAUACGUAAAAGUCGUCCACCUGAAACAAUAGACCAUAUACGUAGACAAGGAACUGAGAAAAGUAUUUUAGAUUUUAGGCAGUUUCAGCCCAUAACUGAACAAACUUUUCAAAAAAAAAAAUUUAGUUUUAAUCCUAGCCCUCCCAUAGAUAACAAUGAAGAAGAGUUUCAGCCAUUUACCCCUAGUUACCACAUAAAUGGAAAUAAUUACCAAUAUAUAGCUUUUGGAAAAUGGGCCGAUACGCCUCAUCGGACUUCCACAAUAGGAUAUAGAAAUACGUAUACUACCUCAUAUCAUCCUACUAACAGACAACGUAAUCGUUACCCUAUCAAAUACAACCCUUAUCCUUUAAUAAACAAUAACAGUCAAAUAGAACGAAACAAGACAACCAAUAGAACUAAAAAUUUACAAACACAAGCUAUUGUAGCACCAUAUAGAUUGAAGACAGACGUUAAAGACGAUACAAAAUAUAAUUUUGAUCAAUCGAAACCUAUAAAUAAUCGAACCAAUGGCAAUGAAGUCGAAAAAUUCCAAUCUUCUACCGAAAAUAUUAACACGAACGUCCGUUAUCCAAAUAUUAAAGAUCUUUUGUCAGAUCCGGAUUUUGAUUUCGAAGCAUUUAUAAAAAAAUUUGAAUUUCUAACAUCAACGUCCACAGAGCAUCCUAAAAUAGACAAUGCAGUAAGCAGUACGUCGAAUGAUAAUAAAAGUAAAAUAUCUUCAACAACUAAUCACUUUAUAAACAUUACAAAUGUUGCUGUUAAAACUAAAAUAGAAGAAAACGAGAAGAAUAACCACAAAGAAGCUUACAAUGGUACGAUUCAAGAUAAAAUCAAUGAUAAUAAGCUAAAUAGCAAAUCUAAUAAUUCUAAGCAAGACGGAACAGAACUGAAAACGAAAGCAGCAGAAGUCAUAUAUAAUAUAAGUCAGAGACCUUUCGUAAAAGCAAAUAAAUUAAAUGAAUCUGAUUAUUAUUAUUACGACGAAUACGAAGAUUAUGUUUAUCCCGACAAAACUAAGUACAAUAAAAAUAAUGAUUAUUCAUAUUAUUACGAUGAUGAGUAUGUUUAUCAUGAUGUUGAUAUAGAAAAAGAAGAGCCAAGUCCAGAAAAAAUUGAAAAUGAGAGUGCAAUUGAAACAUUUAAGAUAAAUACAGGUUAUAGAUCAUCUACUACCAUAAAUCCUUUAUCCAACUCAACAUUCACAAAUAUAAUAAAUAACAAAGACGCUCAAGAAUCAGGUACAACCCCGAAAACACGUAGAACUACAAGAAGGAUACCAAGCAGAGCAACUAGGAGACCUUACACUACUAAAGAGCAGGGAGGCAUUUAUAAAGGAAGACAGACGACCACACAAACUUACGACAAUGACACAAAGAGUCAUCAUUGGAAAAAUUCUCAGAGGUAAAGUGGUUUUAACAGGGGUUACAUGAAAUGCUGUAUAUAGUAAUAAUUAAAACAUGGCUAAUAUUG